AGCGUUGCAGCGGCUGCUACGGGCUCGGCGCCGGCUUUGUCUGUCUGCGGGCGCGCGCCGCUGCGGUGAGUGUUGCUGAGGCCGGGGCUGUGCGCCCGAGAGAGGGGGCUGUGUCUUGAGCCUGCUGCUCCGGCCAGGGCGCGUGAGCAGGCCAGGCUGGCCGUCCGGGCCAAAAUCGCCAACCGCAGACAAGGGUUCUCCAGACCAGCCCAUGGAAGAAUCAUAUGAAGAGGCGGUGAUCAAAGUCAGCGAGCAGGAGUGGACAUGUUUGGGUUCCCAACAGCUACCCUGCUGGACUGUCAUGGAAGAUACGCCCAGAAUGUAGCCUUUUUCAGUGAGUGAGUCAGCUGGUUGCUGGGAUGACGUCAGAGCCCCUAUAAGAAGAUGCAUUCAUUUGGUGAAGCUCACUGCUCUACAGGUUGCAGGGAAAGCCUGCAAGCUGGGAUUGGAAAUGAUAAUCAAAACAAAGCAAGAAAACAGUUUGAAGCCGGACAGUGGUGGUGCAUGUCUUUAAUCCCCGCACUUAGGAGGACGAGGCAGGCGGAUCUCAUAUUGGUGCAUCUUACAUGACUUCCCUCUCGUUUUACCAGAUGUGAUGACAGAAGCCCACAAGUAUGAUCCUUCAGAGGCCACAGGAUCCUCAAGCUGGGAUUUCCAGAGCUCUUUCAGAAGAGAGAAGCUGGAACAAAAGUCCCCGGAGUCUAAGGCCCUCCAGGAAGACUCACCUGGAGUGAGGCAGAAGGUCUAUGAUUGCCAGGAAUGUGGGAAGUCUUUCCGGCAGAAAGGGAGCCUAACGCUGCACGAGAGAAUCCACACUGGUCAGAAGCCCUUUGAGUGCACCCAGUGUGGGAAAAGCUUCAGGGCCAAGGGCAACCUGGUUACACAUCAGCGGAUCCACACAGGAGAGAAGCCCUAUCAGUGCAAAGAGUGUGGGAAAAGCUUCAGUCAGCGAGGCAGCCUGGCUGUCCACGAGAGACUCCACACUGGACAGAAACCCUACGAGUGUGCCAUUUGCCAGAGGAGCUUCCGAAAUCAAAGUAACCUCGCCGUGCACCGAAGAGUUCACAGCGGUGAGAAGCCCUAUAGAUGCGACCAGUGUGGAAAAGCUUUCAGCCAGAAAGGAAGCUUAAUUGUGCACAUCCGCGUCCACACGGGUCUGAAGCCCUACGCGUGUUCCCACUGCAGGAAGAGCUUCCAUACCAGGGGCAACUGUCUCCUGCAUGGAAAAGUCCACACGGGAGAGACACCCUAUCUCUGUGGCCAGUGUGGGAAAAGUUUCACUCAGAGAGGGAGCCUGGCUGUGCACCAGCGAAGCUGCUCACAACGGCUCACUCUGUAAACACCCCUCAAAGGAAGUUCUUCUUACCCAUUGAGAGUACAAAGCCCUCAGUAAUCAAGAGUUUUACCCAGUGUCAUAGGGUAAGUGGAAGUUCUUUCAGAAGGACCAGCCUUUGGUAGGGCAAACUGACUUUUUCCCUCUCCCCCAAAUGAAUAUGAGAAAUAAAUGUCCUGUUUAUCAUUA